GCUCAGUGCAAGAGAAGCUGCAAGAGAGUACAACCCUCAGUUUCCCUGUGUACACUAUCCACAAGCAUGGAUCAACAGAAAUGAGUCAUAUGAUUCUUAAACCAUGUGCAAAAAGACUGUGGAAUUCCAUUGAAGUGAUCAGGAGAGAGAUCACUCCCUCCCCAGCCCCAUGUCUUAAAUCAAGAAUGCAAAACAUAAUUACUUCCAGAUGGGGCUCUCCUAAACCAAUCACAGCUAGCGAUGGUGAAACUGCCCCUCUACUCCUCCAGGCCAGUAAGAUCCAGGGCCUGAGUGAGGAGGAGAGAGAGCACCUCUUACCUCUGCUACGCAAUGCCCAGUGGGUAGAGGUGGUGGAGAGGGAUGCAAUCUACAAGGAGUUCCUCUUCAAAGACUUCAACCAGGCUUUUGGAUUUAUGUCCAGGGUGGCACUACAAGCUGAAAAGAUGGACCAUCAUCCUGAGUGGUUCAAUGUAUAUAAUAAGGUCCAGAUCACACUCAGCACACAUGACUGUGGGGGGCUUUCCCAGCGAGACAUCACCUUGGCAACAUUCAUCGACCAAGCGUCUGUCCUCUGAGCCCAACUCAUAGCCUUACAUUUCCGUUGGCCAGCAUCAGUCACCUCAACUGAGACUCUGUCAGAGCCCAAAGACUAGUUCAUGUUCAUUCUAAUGAAAACAUUACAAAUUGAAAAGACACCUUUGGGAUCAAAAUGAAUAUGUGAUAAUGUUUUUUAGGUCUUUGUUCAGUGUAAAAUAUAUUGUAUAGCAAAUAUGGUUUUAAUAGCCUUAUUGCGGUUCAGUGAGUGUUUGUGGACAGGCUUUAAGGGGAUGGAAAUCAUGAAAGAAUUAUAUAAUAGCAUACCAAACAUUUUUGUUCUACAAGCUGAAGUUCAGUGAAAUAAAUAAAAGGCUAGAAUACAAUUCUUAGUUCAUUCCAGUCAUUCAUGUUCAUUCCAGUCAUUCAUGUUCAUUCCAGUGGCUUUCAUAAACUGUGUUCACAACCUUUCCCAGUGCCUUUUAGUCUGUUCGAUGUCAUGUCUGUGCCCGGUGUUUGUUUAAACUGACCAGUUACUGACGUAGUAAGAGCAAAUAAAGAGUUCAGAAAAACUA